AUGCGAGGGCUACCGGCUAGAGGACGAAGCCGGCCAAAGAAGUUAGUCCGCCAUCGCCAGCAACAUCCAGUGCGCUUGGCAACACUUAACGUUGGGACGCUUACUGGAAGAAGUCAUGAACUGGCAGACAGUCUCAGAAAACGCCGUGUUGACAUAUGUUGUGUACAGGAGACUCGCUGGAAAGGCUCCAAGGCAAGGGAAUUAGGCGAUGGCUACAAGCUGAUCUACCACGGCACAUCAAAUCGCAACGGCGUUGGUAUCAUAUUGAACGAGUCGUUUAGAAAUAGCGUCACAGCGGUGGAUCGACUAUCGGAUCUCUUGAUGGCUGUAAAAGUAGAUACAGGAGAAGUGGAAUUGCGAGUCGUCUCUGCUUAUGCGCCACAGAUGGGCUGUAGUGAAGAAGAGAAGGCGUGCUUUUGGGAAGAUCUGGAGCAGUACGUCCAAUCUCUGGAAAGCGAAGAAGUACUUUUAAUCGGAGGAGACUUCAACGGACAUGUCGGUUCCCGGAAAGACGGAUUCGAGAGUUGUCAUGGUGGAUACGGCUAUGGAGCUCGUAACGACGACGGGUUGCGAAUCCUGGAGUAUGCUGUUGCAAGUGACUUGAUCAUUGCUAACACGCAGUAUCGGAAAAGAAAAUCGCAUUUGAUCACGUACACCAGCGGCGGUCGUGAAACACAAAUAGAUUUCUGGAUGUUACGCCGACGAGAUCGCCGACUUCUGCAGGAUUCAAAAGUCAUCCCUACAGAUCAUGUCGCUGCCCAACACCAUCUGCUCGUUAUGGACUUGAAAAUCUCCCGUCCAAGGAAGAGACAUCCAAGGACUGAAACACAGCGCAUCAAAUGGUGGAAUCUGAAGGAUCGAAAGGAGCGUUAUACGCUUGACCGUGGAAAACACUCUGGGAAAGACGACUCUAGGUAA